AUGGCUUCCAAUCAUAAUCGCCUUCAGCCCUCGGGCCAUCUCAACCCAACGGGCCAUUUCAACAAUCGUCGGUCCCCAAGUCCCUCGUCCUCACGUCCCGUGCCUCCCGAUCCCGGAAGUCCAGGGCCCAUCGAAGAAACAGCAUCGGAUUACUUCAACCCGCUGAGCCAAGCGCCCUCAGCGCAAUCGCAGACAUCGCUAUCGUCAUUCCCGCGCUUUCCAUCACAAACAUCCCUCUCGGCAUUUCCAUCCUACCAAGAAACCUCGUCGAAUUAUCCACAGCAGCAGACGAGACGAAGACCGCCGGUCGAUCAGGCUAGGCAGCCUAGUAUCCGCAUCCGCCGAAACUCAAACGGGUCGGUCUACUCGAAUCAUAGUGUGACGAGCCAAUUCGAUGGGUUCAGCGACGAUGGCAGACCGAGGAGCAUAUCGCAGCCUGAGCGCGCGAGGGUCUCGGAUGGACUUGCUCGUCAUUCUAGGAGGGUUCCGCAGGUGGCGAUGCCGCGACUUACAGAAGAGGGAGGACGGCCUAGUCUGGCUGAGUUAGGGAUCAACAGCGAUGAUCAGUCUGCUCCUUUGUCGCCGACGGCUUCGCUUCCUGAGGAGAAUACAAAUGGGAGGGGUGGGCUUGGUCGCCUGCGAAGGGCGAGCCGGUUCUUAUGGCCGGGGCAUCGGCGGCAAUCUGGCGAGGAUCAAAUGGCUGUGCCUAUGGGGCAGCAAUAUGACGAUCGUCGCGAUGAUGAGUACGACCAGGAACUUGUGGACUGGCUCGAUGUCAUCGACACCGCUACGAUACCACCGAUUGCAGAAGCGGAAGCGGAAGAAGAGGAUGAGCCUCGUCUUCCACAACGAAGCAACACUAUCACUUCGCGUCUAACAGACUCGCACUACGCGGCGCUUCCACAUGGAACGAACCUUGAUGGCUGGACACCAGAGGAAAAGGCCGAGUUGGAUGAUCACGUUCGCCAUAUGCUGCACUCUCGCCGUGCGCGCUUCAAGCGUCGCAUGAAGGGUUUCGGCCAAUACGUCAGACGUCCCCUCGGUUUCCUCGUCACUCUCUACGCCACACUCAUCACGCUCUUCGGUCUCGCUUGGGUUCUCUUCCUCAUCGGCUGGAUCUACGUAGGCGAGAAGCAAGUCUACGCAAUCCACGUCAUCGACAGCGUUCUCGUCGCGCUCUUCGCCGUCAUGGGCGACGGCCUCGCGCCCUUCCGAGCAGUCGAUACAUACCACAUGUUCUUCAUCUGGCGCUUCUCGCGAUUGAUCAAGAGAGCUGAGCAGGGAAAGAAACCAAGGAAUAGACUACAGAAGAAGCGUGUUCCGCCGGGCGUGUCUACGAAUCCGGAGCAUUCGCACUUGACGGGCCAUCAGGCUCGUGCUCUCCUCGAAGCUCAGGACUAUAACCCUGAGAGAGACGGAACGGUCGGCACGAUCGAUAACCAGCCUCAACCGCAACCUGAAAGCCCUGAGACUGUUGAUUUAGAAGGCGCCAAGUCCAACAGUCCCGAUUCGGACAUGCCAGCUCUGACGUUCGCUCAGUUCAAGAGUCUGCAGCACCAUCAGAAGAAAAUGGCCAAAUCACAUAGUUUCUACAAACCCAACGAGACAUUCACCCACUUCGCCUUCCCCCAAAGAUACCUCAUCGCCAUUGUCAUCCUCCUCGACUGCCACUCCUGCCUGCAAAUAUCCCUCGGCGCAUGUACCUGGGGCAUCGACUACCAUACGCGUCCCUUCGCGCUGACCACCGUGAUCCUCUGUGUGAGCAUAACCUGCAACAUCACAGCUGGUCUGCUCAUCAGCAUCGGCGAUCGCAAGACGCGAAAGAAGGACGUGUGGGAGCUGUUGGACAGACAGGAGCUGACGCAGGAUGCUAUAAAGCAUAUGAAGAAGAAGAAGGAGGAGGAGGAGAAGGAGAAAGAGAAGGAGAGGGGGUCGGAUAAGGAUGGGGAGUCGAGUAGGGGUGAUGGAUCGAGUAGUAGGACGUCGAAGGAGUUUAAAAAGUUGGUGAAGCAGAAUAGUUAGGGGGGUGAAGAUGAAGGAUGAGGAUGAGGAAAUAUGUGGAUAUGAUGAUUACGGUUAAUAAAUAGUCGAUACCAACUUAAUUUAAGUAGAUCACGAACACGCAUACCUGUAUCACACCCUCUCUUGGUCUUCAUGCAUGCCAUCAGCUAUAGUCAUGUCGUCUAUAGACACCCCUAUGUCGCUUAUGAGUACCAAUCCACUGGGAGUUGGCAUCUCCGGUGGUUCGGUCCGCUUAUCUGUCGAUCAGACGAUGAUGGGCCAAUGCGCCUGAUUUCGGUAACCGUAUCUGAUUAUGCUCAUGCCAUGAGAGAUCUACGAAAAUUCUAGGUGACCCCGCUUGGUGUUUUGUGGUAUGAUGAAAUGGCCUGUGCCUCGGACGACUGUGGUUCAGUG